GGAGGCGGAGGCGGAGGGAUCUGCAGUGAUUGUCCUUUUGGAGGGUGUGUGUGGCGGAGUCAGGGGCGGGACAAACGCGUAGCCCUGCAACCCGAACCCCUGGAGGUGGUGCAACCCAGGACUGGAGCGGGGAUUAUGGGCGGGGCAUAGGCUGGCUGAAGAGCCUGAGCAGGGAUCCCGGAGCAGAAAGGGACGGAGGAGGCCAUGAAUGCGGUGGACCUUGGUCGCGUAGGAGCGUGUGUCUUGAAGCAUGCAGUGACUGGUGAGGCCGUGGAGCUGCGGAGCCUAUGGCAGGAGAAAGCUUGUGUGGUGGCCGGUCUGCGACGCUUCGGCUGCAUGGUGUGCCGCUGGAUCGCCCAGGACCUCAGCAACCUCCGGAGCAUCCUGGACCAACACGAUGUGCGCCUAGUGGGCGUGGGGCCUGAGGCUCUGGGCCUGCAGGAGUUUCUGGAUGGUGGUUACUUCUCAGGAGAACUCUACCUUGAUGAGAGCAAGCAAAUCUAUAAGGAGCUGGGCUUCAAGAGGUACAACAGUUUAAGCAUCCUGCCAGCCGCCCUGGGAAAACCUGUUCGUGAUGUAGCCUCCAAGGCUAAGGCUGCUGGCAUCCAGGGGAACCUGUCAGGUGACCUGCUGCAAAGUGGAGGGCUGUUGGUGGUCAGCAAGGGUGGUGACAAGGUACUGCUGCACUUCAUCCAGAAGUCCCCAGGUGACUAUGUUCCCCAGGAGAACAUCCUGCAGGCCUUGGGUAUCUCUGCAGAGGUUUGUUCCAGCAAGCCACCCCAGUGUGAUGAAGAGGUGUGUGGGAGGUGACACGUGUCCUCGGAGGACUUGGAGGAAUUGGCAACCUUGAAUGUAUUUGGAAUACAAAGAAUCCUCGUGGAGCCAUUGGCCAGGAUGUUGGACCUUGUUCAUCUUUGAACACCAACGAGCCAUUAAAGUGCAGGCCCUGGGCA